CGCUGACCAGUUUCCUCAUCCUGUUAUGAUAGUAAAUUUGUCCACCAACGAACCCGACGUGCUACUGCGAGCGAUUGAAAAUGGAUGUCAGACCUUCGUGCUGGCCCAGUCGACGGCCAUCACUUUUUUGGAUCAGUUUCACUACGUGCAUGAUCGUGCCACGGCACGCUACUCCCACAAACGGAUCAUCAUCGUACACGAUGAGGGCCGGGAGAGCGUGCGUGCCGUCUUGGAACACGGUGCCAUUCGUGACGUGAUGGAUUUGUUGCUGGUACGCCCCCAGCCUGCUCACAACCGUGUGGAACUGCUGACGAAUGAAUGCAACGAAUGGAUACUUUUGGAUAGUUACGAUUUGUCCAGCGAACUAACGCCCAGUACCACCACCGAUCUAUUCCCUAACAGGCGUACCGAUCUGCGGGGACGCUACGUACGGCUUGCAAUCUUCAAUUACGAACCCUACACGCUGUGGAGCAGUGUGGCCGAGCCGGACGCUGCGAACGCAUUCUAUCGGCACAAUCGGUCGCUAGCCAUCGACGGCACCGAGUCACGGCUGUUCGUUGAGUUCUGUGCCAAACUGAACUGCAGUCUAGAGAUCUCGCUCGAUGAAGCAGGUGAGUGGGGCCAGAUUUAUGAUAACCGAACCGGGGAUGGAAUUAUUGGGGCGUUAGUCGAGCGGCGAGCGGAUGUCGGAGUCGGGGCACUCUACUCCUGGCACCACGAGUCCCUGUUUCUGGCGCUCUCGAAACCCAUCUCACGCACCGGUGUGACGUGCAUCGUUCCGAAACCCUUGCCGCUGUCCUCGUGGAUGAUCGGUAUUCUACCAUUUUCGACCGUUCUGUGGAUGGCAGUACUCGCCACCGUGGCAGUGUCCACCGUUGUCGAGGUGAUAGUCAGCUUCGUAACGCAGAAGUUUAAAGCCAACGAGACACAUCGGGUCGAUGUUUGUGAGUCCAUGAUGGGAGUCAUCUCGAUCUUCAUCCUGCAGGCCGUGCUAUUGCGCAUCAACCGAAACCCCUACACCUCGCAGAUGAUCCUGAUCGGGUCGCUGCUGUUCGUGGGCUUGAUGAUCGGCAACGCGUACAGUGGCGGACUGGCCAGUGUAAUGACGGUACCGAGGUACGAAAAAUCGAUCGACACCGUACAGGAUCUCGCCGACCGCAAUCUACGCUGGGGCUCCACACACGACGCGUGGAUUUUCUCCAUCCAACUUGCAACGCAGCCGACGAUUGUGAAAUUGCUGGACAAUUUUGUCACCUACCCGAAAGAUGUGCUUCACCGGCACGCAAAGCAACGGAACCUGGCGUACAGUAUCGAACGCUUGCCGUACGGUCACUACGCUGUCGGUGACUACAUUACGGACGAUGUGUCCGGCAGCUACGAAAUCAUGCUCGAGGACAUUUACUGGGAGAACUGUGUAGCUAUGGCCACCAAAACCUGGCCGCUCAUGAACGAGCUGGACGAGCUGACGCUGGUCAUUUUCCAGAGCGGCAUUCAGCGCUACUGGGAGCUGGAGGUGGUGACAAAGUUUGCCGAUAAUAAGGUCCAGCACGCCAUCUCCAAUUCACGCCAUUUCGAUAAUCCGGGACCGAUUGCGCUGCAACCGUCGCACCUGCUCGGCGCAUUCUUUCUCCUUGCCAUCGGGCUUGGGUUGGGGUUGGUGUGUUUGCUGCUAGAGCUACUGUGGCACAGAUUAUCUACCACGCGCCGAUUGACGAAUUAGUGUGGCAGUGGGUGGUUAGAAUCAACAGCAGGACAGAAGCAGCACAGACCCCUGCCAGGUUGUUGUUGAAAGGGGGAAAGAAAUAUGCUCCCGGUACAUAGACCCUUACCGGGAAGCGCCCUUCGCUGCGUAAUAGUUCCCUUCUAUUAGGGGAUGAAAUGAAAGCAAACAAUUUUCCCCCAAAAAAAAAAAAACCGGGACGCAAGUGUUCAAAGUACGCGAUGACUAGCGGUUCACUUUAGUAAUCCCCCUUUCCAGUGACGCUCAAUCGGGAACCAGCUUACUGAUCGGCAACUUGCGUAGGGACGUUACAUUAGAUAAGGCCGAUCGCGUGCAGGACGGGAACUGUUUCCCAUGCAACACCUUGCACCUCUUGCGAACCCCCAACGGUGGCGCGAGUCCUUGCGGGCUUUUCAAGGUUCAGGUUGAGCGCGAGGAGUAGAGGAGACAAAUAAAAACAAAUUACACACAGGGGAGUAUAAAACGAUUCAGCCACCCUCCUACAAACUGAUGGUCCCACAGACAGUUGAAUAGGUUGGUAGGACGCGAUGCGUGGUAGAGUGGGUAAAGUACGUGUGAAGUGCCGAAUAGAUGCAGACAUUUAUUGGUGGUGUCAAUGCAUUGUCGCAGGGCUAAAAAUGAUGUUACGUUUCACGCAAACCGAGCAACAAAAUA